CCCCUCUCCCCUCUCCCAAUCGGGCGCACCCACCCCAGAUGCCGCCUGGCACGGAGCGCAGCCGCCGCCGCCGCAGCAGCAGCACUUUCCACUUGUAUUGAUCACCUCCCGGCCCCGCUGAGCCUGCUCGCCGCAGAGGAGCGCGGCCAGCGCGCCAGCCCGCCAGCCCUUGGCAGCCCCGGAGCACUCGGGCUCCGGGAGGCAACUCCUUGCGAGCGCCCUGUCCGGGGUGCCCUCUGCGCUCUGCAGUGUCUUUCUCUCUGUCUGGGAGCAGAAGGAGGAGGAGGAGAGGGAGGAGGAGGAGGAGGAGGAGGAGGAGGAGGAGGACGUCUGGUCCGGGCUGGGAGGUGGAGCAGCGGCAGCAGCCACCGCCGGAAAGGGAGAGGCAGGAGAGACCGAGACUUGGAAACCCCAAAGUACCCGCGACCCUGCACGGCAGGCUCCCUUCCAGCUUCAUGGGCAAAGUGUGGAAACAGCAGAUGUACCCUCAGUACGCCACCUACUACUACCCCCAGUAUCUUCAAGCAAAGCAGUCUCUGGUCCCAGCCCACCCCAUGGCCCCUCCCAGCCCCAGCACCACCAGCAGUAAUAACAACAGUAGUAGCAGUAGCAGCUCAGGAUGGGAUCAGCUAAGCAAAACGAACCUCUAUAUCCGGGGGCUGCCUCCCAACACCACAGACCAGGACCUGGUGAAGCUGUGUCAGCCAUAUGGGAAAAUUGUUUCCACGAAGGCAAUUUUGGAUAAGACAACGAACAAAUGCAAAGGUUAUGGUUUUGUCGACUUUGACAGUCCUGCAGCAGCUCAGAAGGCUGUGUCUGCCCUGAAGGCAAGUGGGGUUCAAGCUCAAAUGGCAAAGCAACAGGAACAAGAUCCUACCAACUUGUAUAUUUCUAAUUUGCCACUGUCCAUGGAUGAGCAAGAACUUGAAAAUAUGCUGAAACCAUUUGGACAGGUUAUUUCUACAAGGAUACUACGUGAUUCCAGUGGGACAAGUCGUGGUGUUGGCUUUGCUAGGAUGGAAUCAACAGAAAAGUGUGAAGCUGUUAUUGGUCAUUUUAAUGGAAAAUUCAUUAAGACACCACCCGGAGUUUCUGCUCCUACAGAACCUUUAUUGUGUAAGUUUGCGGAUGGAGGACAGAAGAAGAGACAGAACCCAAACAAAUACAUCCCUAAUGGACGACCGUGGCAUAGAGAAGGAGAGGCUGGAAUGACACUUACUUAUGACCCAACCACGGCUGCUAUACAGAACGGAUUUUAUCCUUCACCAUACAGUAUUGCUACCAACCGAAUGAUCACUCAAACGUCUAUUACACCCUAUAUUGCGUCUCCUGUAUCUGCCUACCAGGUGCAAAGCCCUUCUUGGAUGCAACCGCAACCGUAUAUCCUACAGCACCCCGGUGCCGUGUUAACUCCCUCAAUGGAGCACACCAUGUCACUACAGCCCGCAUCUAUGAUCAGCCCUCUGGCCCAGCAGAUGAGUCAUCUGUCACUAGGCAGCACCGGAACAUACAUGCCUGCCACGUCAGCUGUGCAGGGGGCCUACUUGCCACAGUAUACACACGUGCAGACGCCGGCGGUUCCUGUGGAGGAGGCAAGUGGUCAGCAGCAGGUGGCUGUAGAGACGUCUAAUGACCAUUCUCCAUAUACCUUUCAACCCAAUAAGUAACUGUGAGAUGUACAGAAGGGUGUGCUUAAAUGAAGAAGGUUGUGAAGGCUGAACAAUCAUGGAUUUUUCUGAUCAAUUGUGCUUUAGGAAAUUAUUGACAGUUUUGCACAGGUUCUUGAAAACGUUAUUUAUAAUGAAAUCAACUAAAACUAUUUUUGCUAUAAGUUCUAUAAGGUGCAUAAAACCCUUAAAUUCAUCUAGUAGCUGUUCCCCUGAACAGGUUUAUUUUAGUAAAAAAAAAACAAAAAAACAAAAAAACAACAAAAAAAAACC